CUCAAAACUAGGUUUUCAGAGGACAGAAACAAACAGAUGUCUGAUGGUACAGUGUUAUGUCCCCAGUGUUUCCUGUAAUACAAGAAAAUAUGCUGCUCAGUGCUAAUGUCCCGUGGGUACGUGGGUCUUGUUUCAAGAAAAUGGUUUUCAGGUGAAUUAAUUUGGCCAUUUAUCAGUGUAAAUCAGUUUGGUUUGUAUGAAAAGAUAGAAAUUACCUCUGGAGACGUUUCAAGAACAGUAGUAAAUAAAGGACAUUGGCUCAUAUAUGUACACUACAUGAGUCAUCUGAAUGCAUUUUAAUUCAGUCGAAGAUUAAUGGAGCUGGGCAAACUUUAAUCCCAUUACUCAGGAAGCAGAGGCAGGUGGAUCUCUGAGUUCAAGGCCAGCUUCAUCUACAUGUGAGCUCUAGGACCGCCAGGUCUACAACGAAAGACCUUGUCUUGAAAAUAAAAGAGGAGAAAUUGGGGAAUAUGUGUUCAUGGAGUUGAUUAGGUUACUCAUAAUUUUUAAAUGAAUUUUUAAAGAGGUGUGUGUGUCCAUGUGUACACCUAGGCACAAAGGCCAGUAGAGGGCAUCAGAAGAACCCUGUGAGUUAGAGUUACAGGUCUUUGCAGGAAACCUGGCUGGUUAUAUGGAUGCUGAAAUCUGAACUGCAGUCCUCAUAACUGCUCUUCAGCCAUCUAUCCAGCUCCUAGAAUAAUUGCUUGAAUUAAUGAAUAUAGUAUAUAUAUACAUUUAUAUAUUUUAUAUAGAACCUGAAAAUCAUUAUAAACAAUUUUUCUUUAUCAAGUUUUUACAUAACAAUUAUACAUAUAUACAGUGUAAUGUAAUGAGUGUUUUCAGAGCAAUUAUGUAUAAUGUGAUGAUUAAGUCUGCUUACUUAGCAUACCUACCACCUUAAAUGUUUGCAGUUUCUUUAUAAUAAGAAACUUUAGAACGCCCCUUUGGCUGUUUUGAAGUAUAGCUUAUAUAUUAUUGUUACCUAGUCACCUUACUAUGUAAAAACAAAAAACAACAACAAAAGACUUACUCUUUCUAUCAACAUUCUUGUGACAUAUAUUCACAUCAUGUACUUCCUUCUGCCUUUAGUAACAACUAAUCCAAUCUUAACUUCCUUGAGAUUGUUUUUAGAUUCUGUGAAUGAAUGGGAUUCUUUUGCUCUGUUUAUGUUCUUGAGGUAUGAUGCUAAAUUGUUUAGAAACCAUUCCUAGAGUUCUUCAAAAAAGAGCACAGUGAAAAAAGCAAUAACUCUUUUAGACGUAAACAUAUUUUGCACUAAUAUCAAGCAAGUAAGGCAAAAAGUAGCCUAGAAAAAGCAUGCCAAUCAUCAUCAGUAAGUGUGGUACUAAAUUAGCUCCUUAGCAAAACAAAAUUUAUUUUGUUGCACAUGAAACUGGUUUCUGUUAGAGGGGCUUAUGAGGCCCCACCCCUCCCCUGAAGAUGUAUUGUUAACUUAGUGGUUGCUAAGGGGAGAGAAAGUUGUGUUCUUCAGAGACAUGGCUGCUGUUAAGUCACUCAUGCUCCAAGAAAUUGCCCCACAUUCAUGUUCAUGCAAGCAACCCUGUUCAAAUUCAGUGGUUCGAAAAAGACAUGAAAAUAGAGUUUGUUGGGAAGAAGAUGAGAGAAGGUAACAGAGUUGACAGUUACCAAAAUACAUUAUAUGCAUGUCAAAGAAUUGUAAAUAUGUAUAAAAUUGUCAAAGAAUUAGUAAAUAAUGUUAAUAUUGUUGGGGUCCAGGAGUCACCCCACAAACCAAAUACCGAGCUUAGUUAAACAGAGAUGGUUUAUUGUAUGUACAUCCCAAGACUGAUCAACCAUGGCAGCAGCUCAAAGCUGUGCGCACUGGACAUUUCUCAGGGCCAGCUUAUAAAGGCUAAAACCACAAAACCAUAGUAGUUCACAUCGACCUUUAAUUUGAUGGGUCCUACAUGAAGCUUAUAGUUGUGAAAUUUCUUAAGAUUAAAAAAACAUCAUAACAUACAGAAAAUAUUACAGGGUAUGUGUGUGGGUCAGCAAGGUCAGCAGGACUCUGGUCUGAGUCAAGUUAUUUUUCUGCAUCAAUGACUGGCAGGCAUAUAACAACAAUAGAAAAUAGCUGGUGGGCAUGGAACAAAAUGGCUACAGCCAUGCUUCACAGCAGCUGACUAUGAUGUCUCAUGCUCUAGCAGAGGUGUAAUUUUUACCAGCUGCAGAUAUCUGCGAUUGCAUGACAUUUGGAAUUCUGGGGGCUAUUCAGAGGGUAUGUAAGUUUCAACUCCUCAAGUGGUGGGAUGGGUUAUUGGGUGGUUGUAGGGGGCUGUUGGGGAUUGUUAGGGUUGGUAGUUAGUUGCUGUUGGCCAUGGUUUGUUAAGUAGUCAUGUGCAAAGGAGAAACAACAAGAAGAAGAAAUUAGAUAUCGUGCUUGCCACAAGGAACUUGAUGCCCAUAAUCAGCAGGAAAUAGUGUAACAAUGUCACCCCCUUUCCAACCCUUGACAUUAUACAACAAUCACUUUCCUUUCCACUCUAUUCCUUUUUUUUUUUUCCCCCUAUCUAGCAUUAGGGGGUUAAAAGGGUGGAAAAGAGAAGAACCCACAAAGUAGCCAAAGAUUGGCUACAGGGAAAUACAGAGGCACCUUAGUAACACUUGACUGCAGCAGUCUGGGGUACAGCAAUUAGACAUGUUAAGACCCGUCAAUAUGUUCAUACUCUUUGGUCUUGUCAUUUCUUCUUUCAAAUGCUAUCUCUAGUAGGAAUAAAUUUGUGCUCAUGUAUGUAUAUAUAAGCAAUCAGAUGCUUAAUACUAUUUAAAUAUUUAGAAGUAUCCUAAAUUUCUAAUAACACUGAAAAUAUGACUAUUCAAGAGAAUAUUUUACUGCCUUGAAUAACAGUAUAAAAACUAUUGCAGAACCAAGCAGGAUGGUGCACACCUUUAAUCCCAGUGCUCCAGGGGCAGAGGCAAGUGAAUCUCUUGAGUUCGAGGCCAGUUGGUCAAAUAGAGUUCCAGACUGGCAUCAUGAGACCAUGCCUCAAAGACAAACAAAAACUAAUAUAGCAAUGGGAAAAAUGCUAAUGAUAAAUUCUUUUAAAGGCUAUAAGAGUUGGGCAUGAUAGCACAUGCCCUUAAUCCCAGCACUACAGAGGCAGAGCAAAUUUCAUGAGUGUUAGGCCAAACAGGGCUGCAUAGUGAGAACUGGUCUCAAGAAAGACGUGGGGUUGGGGAUUUAGCUCAGCGGUAGAGCACUUGCCUAGCAAGUUCAAGGCCCUGGGUCCGGUCCCCAGCCUCAAAAAGAAAAAGAAAAAGAAAAAGAAAGACGUGGUGGCUUAAGUCUUUAGUCUCAGCACUCAGGAGGCAAACGCAGAUGGAUCUGAGUUGGAGGACAGCCAGACUACACAGAGACACUGUGGGAGCAGAGGAAGGAUGUUACAGUAUAUCAGUAGAAACAGUUAUAAGGACGCAUGCGCGGGAGGCAAAAACCGUGUCAUGGCGUCAUCAUUGCGCGACCUCUUUUCCGGAGACAGGCGUCCACGGUAUUGAGUUGGUCACAAUGGCAGGUGAAGAAAUGAAUGAAGACUAUCCCGUAGAAAUUCACGAUUCUUUGACAGCUCUGGAGAGCUCCCUGGGGGCGGUGGAUGACAUGCUGAAGACCAUGAUGUCUGUUUCUAGAAAUGAGUUGUUGCAGAAGUUGGACCCACUGGAACAAGCAAAGGUGGAUUUAGUUUCUGCAUAUACAUUAAAUUCAAUGUUUUGGGUUUACUUGGCAACUCAAGGAGUUAAUCCCAAGGAGCAUCCAGUGAAGCAGGAGUUGGAAAGAAUCCGAGUCUACAUGAACAGAGUCAAAGAAAUAACAGACAAGAAGAAGGCUGCCAAGCUGGACAGAGGGGCCGCGUCGAGAUUUGUCAAAAAUGCACUCUGGGAACCCAAACCAAAAAACACACCAAAAGUGGCUAAUAAAGGGAAAAGUAAACACUAAUAAUCUUUUGGUUUUGAUGUACGUGUUUUCAAAAAGUACAUCAUUUUUAUCAGUUUACAGUGUACUUAUGUGACCAUGUGGUGUUUAAAUGGAUUCCUUUUUGAAUUCAUGUAUAAAUUUACACAUUAAAUUUUGUGAUACUGAAUCUUUUUUUUUGCUGAGAAAGAUUAAGUUGUCGUUAUUGAUUUUCAUAUAAAGCAUCAUGAUGUUUUAAUAUUGAAAGAUAUUCUAUAAGCAAUUGUGAAAUCCAAAUGUUCUUUGUAAACGUUUGUAGUGUUUUAAAUGUAGUGUUAUGAUGAAGUGUGCUGUCUGUAGACUGGAGUUGUUAGAGGACAUCUGUUUUCACAAUGAUGAGAAAUGUAAUGACUUAAAUACCCACUCUGGUUUCUGUUCAGUUAGUUCAACAUGUUUCUGUGAAUUUUUUUUAGGAGUAAUUGCUGUCUUGAUGUUCACAGUACAAAAUUGAAACCUUCAGGCCGUACUUUAAUUCUUCAUGUUCCAUUUAAAAUAAAAUAUUCUCAUUCAUUAAAAAAAAAAAAAAGAAA